CGAUCUUUCAGCAGUCGCCUAUCGAAUUUUCCGCAACAUGUCGCGCGUGAGGCGGUCUCGCGGCGAAGAACGCGUACGCGAGAAAUGUCAGUUUCAGGAAAUCAAGAUCCAAAUCCCUCGCGAAGAAUGAGUGAUCGUUGAGUCUUCGCACACGGCACAAACGCACGGCUCGAUCGGAUUCCGCUGAGCCGGCCGAAAAGUAACCUACAACAAGAGGCGACGCAACAGCAGCAGCAGCAGCGGCGGCACGAGGAAGAGGAAAAUGCCGCGCACCAAGGGCUCGCCGCAAAAAUGCGUCAAGACGGCGAACUGUCAUCCGUCGGCGAAUACGUGGGUGUUCCUAAUGAAAGGAGAUAAUCUAGAUGACACAGAUGACGGCCAACCUGAGGUUGUGAAACUUAGGCAUCCGGCCUCCAGUAAACCAGCUAUAUUUGUCUUUAGUCCUGGGAAUAUUACUGUCCAGGAGGUUUUAAUGUUUGACGAGAGCAAGCGAUCUUGGUUCAUCGAUGAUAAUGUUAAAUCAGACGGCAAGUUGCAUCUGUCGACUCCGAUUGAUCCAAUCUUUUUAGUUUUGCCAUACUUAAGAAAGUCACAGUUAGCGCAACCUUUAGAACAAUGCCUCUGGGAUGAGGAUUAUCCAGAGACGUCGCGUCUGGCGCAAUGUAAAAAUUUGAAACUGUCACUAGUCGCUGAUCGUAAGGGAGAUGAAUCUUUGCAAGCUUUCAAGUUCAAUGAGGAGAAGUCGUUGAAGUGGCUGCAGAAGAAGGUGGAGAGAGUAGCGGAUGUGUUGAAACAAAAGGGAAUUCACGUGUCCCAAGGGGCUAUGAGUGCUACUUAUGUUAAAAGUACUAAAUUUGAAACUGGUACAGAGGCAGAAUACUUGAAAUAUGCGCAUGGUAUUGUAUCGGAAUACCUUGCGGAAGAUCUAUCAAAACAGUUGGCACAAUAUAUGAACAUACCUGAUGAAGCGGAGGGUAAAAAGCGCAAGUUAAGUAAUCCAAAAGUUGAACCUGAUGAGAAACGACCAAAGAAAGAUCCCUUAAAAGAGAGCCCGGCACCGAAGGCAAAGAUGAAGGAAUUAACUAAGCCUGAGAAGAAAAAUGCCGCUCCUGGUAAGAAGGAAUUAGCCAAACAGAGAGCAGCAGCAGGAUCCAAGAGUAUUACCAGUUUUUUCAAAAAGAAGUAAAUUUUAAAGUAAUACAGGGCAAUUUUUAAAGUUAGUGCAUUUAUAAAAGCAUUCGUCGAGAUGUCCUACAAAUUUCUUUUACUCUAUGUGUAUACAUCUAGAUAUGUAACUAUAUACAAAUAAAAUAAAAAAUUCCUCACUUGUC